AUGCCUACCUUAGAUGACAUUUUAGAGCAUAUUGGGGAGUUUGGCUUGUACCAGAAAAGGGCAUUUUUUGUCCUGUGUUUGUUUUCUGCUGCCUUCACACCCAUCUAUGUAGGUAUUGUCUUCCUAGGUUUUAUACCAGAACACCACUGUCAGAAUCCUGGGGUUGCUGAGUUAAGAGCCAGAUGUGGCUGGAGUCUGGAAGAGGAGCUGAAUUACACACUUCCAAAGAAAGUGAACCAUGGUGAAACAGUCACGAGUCAGUGCCAGAGAUACGACGUGGACUGGAACGUCACCGAGCUGGACUGCAUUGAUCCAGUAGACUUUUUCAUCACGUCUGGGAACCAAAGCAGCAUUCCUCUCAUUCCUUGCCAAGAUGGCUGGUUUUAUGAUGUCCGGGGUUCAUCCAUUGUGAGUGAGUUUGACCUGGUGUGUGAGGAUGCCUGGAAACUGGACCUGUUUCAGUCAUGUGUGAAUGUGGGAUUUUUUGUUGGUUCCAUAGGCAUUGGAUACAUGGCCGACAGGUUUGGCCGUAAAUUGUGCCUGUUAAUCACCAUCCUUAUCAAUUCCAUCUCCGGUGUUCUUGUGGCCAUUGCACCUAGCUACAUCUGGGUGGUGAUCUUUCGCUUAAUACAAGGGCUGGUCAGUAAAGCAGGAUGGUUAACAGGCUACAUCCUGAUCACAGAAUUCGUUGGCUUAGACUACAGGAGAACAGUUGGUAUAGUUUACCAAAUGGCCUUUACUGUUGGGCUCCUUGUAUUUGCUGCUAUUGCUUAUGCAAUUCCUCACUGGAGAUGGCUACAACUUGCUGUGACAUUGCCACACUUCUUCUUCCUACUGUAUUACUGGUGUCUUCCAGAGUCCCCACGGUGGUUGAUAGCCCAACAGGAAAGUGAUAAAGCUCUGAAAAUCAUAAAAAGCAUUGCCAAGGCAAACCAGAAGAAGCUACCUUCAUCAAUGGAGAAUUUACAAUCUGAGGACGAAGAGGGUGAAAAGCUACACCCUUCCUUUCUAGAUCUCGUGAGAACACCACAGAUAAGGAAACACACGCUCAUCUUAAUGUAUACUUGGUUUACAAGCUCGGUAAUAUAUCAGGGCCUCAUCAUGCACAUGGGAAUAUCUGGAGGCAACAUUUAUCUGGACUUUUUUUACUCUGCUCUUGUUGAAUUUCCAGCUGCCAUCAUACUCAUACUCACAAUUGACCGUGUAGGACGUCGCUAUCCGUGGGCUGCAUCAAAUCUGACGGCAGGAGCUGCCUGUCUUGUUACAGCCCUUGUCCCUGAAAAUCUGUAUUGGCUUAAAAUGACGGCUGCUUGCUUAGGCAGACUGGGUAUUACAAUGACCUAUGAAAUGGUUUGCUUAGUCAAUGCAGAACUAUACCCAACAUUCCUCAGGAACCUUGGGGUACUUGUCUGCUCUUCCAUGUGUGAUAUUGGUGGGAUCAUAACUCCUUUCAUUGUCUACCGCUUGGCAGAUAUCUGGAAUGAAUUGCCACUUGUAGUCUUUGCUGUGAUUGGCCUCAUCGAUGGUGGUUUGGUACUACUCUUACCUGAAACCAAAGGAAAAACUUUACCUGAAACAAUUGAGGAGGCUGAAAAUUUGUACAGGUAUAGAAAGCCAAAAGAAAACAUUAUUUAUCUUCAUGUUCAGACCUCAGACACUGUACCUCAUUAAGACAGCUUUCUCCAAGAUUUUCCCCUUGGUGAUACAUGAAGGGAAGUGGAUCAAGUGGAUGAACAACAACCCUUGUCAUCAUUCUUUAACAUUCUGUAACCCUUUGGUUCUUUGCUCCUACCCUGACUACAAUGUAUUUUAAAGGACUGUGCUGUCCUGAAGAAAAUAACAUAGACAGUGCCUCCCAGAGGCUGAAAGUGCUACAAAACAGGCAGCUUCAAGGAGCUGUACUGUUUAAGGAAACAACAAUGCUGGAAGCUGCGUAUCAACUAAAAUAAAAUGCAUCAUUGAGCCAGACAUAAGCAUUUUUAAGACUUCUUGAUUCUAAUAAGUGACAGAUGAGCAUGUGUUUAACUUUUACAUUGGCUUCAAUGAGAAGGAAAUAUGUUUAACUUUGGCCAGACUCUCUACUAAGUUUCCAACAGCAAAAGUUAGCUAAUAGCAGAUAAUCCUUUUUUUAAAGCUGCAAAUUUCUCUAAGCCCUCCAUAUCUGCAUGAUGGUUUUCCUAACCUCCCCUGAUGUAGAUUUUUUCACACUCAUAGUAAAGUUUAACCACUGCUAAUGAUAGGUGAGGUGACUAGUAGUCCUAGCAGUAGCUGCAAACCCAGUUUAGCUGAUUUAGCUCUGAAUUUUCUGUUGUAAGCGGGGAGUUGGAUUAGAUGGUUUACAAGCUCACCCAAGAGAGAGAGAAAGGAAAGUUCUGUGGCUGUGGUUGCAUAUGUUUAAAAAUAAAAAUAAAGACAAAACUGAAAACAUAAAUGACCAAAUACGAGCAAUACAACACAAGUUAAGUUUAAUGUUACGUACUGCAAAUAAAUUUCAACCAAUCAAGUCUUCAUCUUCAUCAUUGCCCCUAAGUCAUGUGACAAGUCAGUAAUCAAAAGAAUUAGACUGAUUGGUAAAUGUAUGUUUUAACAUGUAGCGUAAUCUAUAUGGUCUACUUUUCCCUCCUUUUUCUUGUACUGUUAUAAUUUGGGAUGCUCCCCUUCUUUGGUUUUGUGAAGCCCACCCACUCAUCAUUCUAAAUCUGUAGCCAUAUUAUUUUGG